AUGCCACUACCAAUUUAUAAACAUCCAAACGAGGGUGAGGAGGAGAUGAAAAAAGGUUGGGUGCGACACGAAAAACUGUGCGCACAGCUGGAAGCGUGCUCGCUUGACUUGAAACAAAACGAGGCGCAGAUGACGAUUUUGACGGCGACAGGUGGAGAACUUAAGGAGAAACACAAGAAGAUUCGAGGACUUUUGGAUGAAGCAAAAGCUAAUGGUCAGCAAAAAGAGUUGGAAGAGUUGUCAAAAGAGAUUGAGAAUGUGGAGACGCAGACGAGAGUUUGGCUCAACGAGCUGCAUGAUGUGCAUGAUAAACGAGUGGAUAUUGAUUGUCAAAUGAUCCGACUGGGUGCCGAGGUAAAGAAGAACGAGACGUAUGUGCAAUUAGCAUGUAUUGAUAUCGAAAGGAUGGAGCUUCGUCAUGAGAUCAGGUAG